GAGGGAGAGGGCGAGGGGGGCAGAGAAGGAAGAUGCAGUUCCAGUGAGUUCUGUUUUGGAGGCUCCGGAGGGUCCGUGAGUGUGCCCUUCCCUUGAGGGAGAGGGCUCAGGGGGCUGGAAGCUAUCUAAGGCGAGCAUCCGUUAGUCCCCAGGGCCCCGCGAGCCUUUUCCUUCGCCCCCUGCUUAGGGGGCGGCUGGGGCGCGCUAGGGGCAGCAGGGUCGCGAGCCCCCCGCCCCCCCUCCAUCCCACGCAGGUCUCGGGUUCGAUCGCCCCCGCCCCGUCCCGCGGGCAUCCCCCUGGCCCAUCCGGUAACGGUUUCUGGACCCGGAGGCCUCCGACUCUCCCCCCCAACCCCGCCUCCCCCACCCACCGGAGCCGCAGUGCUGCGCGGUUCCGAGAGGGGUAAUCCGCCCCGGAACAGACGUGAGCGGCCCCGGGGCGGGGUCGCGGGAGGCGGCCCAGGGAUUCCCCCACCCGCCUCCCCCCAAUUCCCGCCCGCCCGCCGUCUCCGCACCUCACCAGGGGUUUGCAUUCGCCCUCCCACCCCCGCCCCUUCCCCAUCCCCCGGAACGACCCCGGCUCCUCCCCGCCUACCGCCCGGCGCCGGCUCCAGCCGAAUACCUUCUCCCGGGCCCAUCCCCUCCGCGGCGCGGCUCCUCCCCCUCCCCUGGUUCCCGGGUGUCCCCCCACCCCCACCCCCCACUCCGGGCCGCGCCGCUCUCUCGCGCCGCUGAAUCGGGCACCGCCUCCAUCAGAGCCGAGCCCGCGGCUCCGCGGAGCAGCAGCCUCCGCCGCCGCCGCCGCCGCCGCCGGACCCUCUGCGUCCCCUCCCCGUCCCGCCUCUCAGUCCCGGGCGCCCGGGCCCCCAGUCCCCACCCUCCGCCUGCGCCCUCUUCCCUCCCUCCCUCCUCCGUUCUCCCUUCGCCCGCAGCCCGAGCCGGGCUCGCUCGCCGGGCUGGCAGGAGGGCGGCGGCGGCACCACCAUGAGCUUUGAGGGCGGCCACAGCGGCGGCCGGCGCCGCGGGGCGGAGAGCGGGGACGCCGAGCCGCCCCCGUCGCCUCCCCCGCCGCCACCCCCGCCGCCGCCGCCGCCGCCGGGAGAGCCGACUUCGGGCCCCGCGCCCCCUCGCUACCUGCCGGCACCGCCCGCGUCCCCCGAGCGCCGCGCGGGGUCCGACGAACCGCCCGCGGAGGUGGUCCCGCGGCACCGGGGCGCCGAGGAGCUGCCGCAGCCGCCGGCAGGGCAGGAGGUGUCGGCGACCGGCGACUCCGGCGAAGGUCCGAGGCGCCUUCCGGAGGCGACGGUCCCCGAGGUGGCGGCUGGGAAGGGCGGCCCCGGGGAGCCCGAGGCCGGCGCGGGUGGGGAGGGCGAGCGGCGGGGCGCCGGCGAACAGCCCGAGACGCGCUCCGUGUGUAGCAGCCGCAGCAGCAGCAGCGGCGGCGGCGGCGACCAGCGCGCCGGGCACCAGCAUCAGCACCACCAGCCCAUCUGCAAGAUCUGCUUCCAGGGCGCCGAGCAGGGGGAGCUGUUGAACCCCUGCCGAUGUGACGGGUCCGUUAGGUAUACACAUCAGCUGUGCUUGCUAAAAUGGAUCAGUGAGAGGGGUUCCUGGACCUGCGAACUCUGCUGUUACAGAUACCAUGUCACAGCCAUUAAAAUGAAGCAACCCUGCCAGUGGCAAAGCAUUUCUAUAACACUGGUUGAGAAAGUUCAGAUGAUCGCUGUAAUUCUAGGAUCCCUGUUCUUAAUAGCGAGUGUGACCUGGCUCCUCUGGUCAGCCUUCAGCCCCUAUGCAGUAUGGCAGAGGAAGGACGUCCUUUUUCAGAUCUGCUAUGGAAUGUAUGGUUUUAUGGAUCUAGUGUGCAUAGGUCUCAUUGUCCAUGAAGGCGCUGCAGUUUACAGAGUGUUUAAGCGCUGGCGAGCUGUCAACUUACACUGGGAUGUAUUAAAUUAUGACAAAGCCACAGACAUCGAAGAAAGUAGCCGGGGAGAGUCUUCCACGAGCAGGACUUUAUGGUUGCCAUUGACGGCUCUGCGGAACAGGAACUUGGUCCACCCAACCCAGCUGACCUCCCCAAGGUUUCAAUGUGGCUACGUGUUAUUGCAUCUGUUCAAUCGAAUGAGGGCCCAUGAAGAUUUGUCAGAAGACAACAGCUCGGGGGAGGUUGUGAUGAGAGUGACUUCAGUGUGACAGAGCUGAGAAGGUGCGGUGUGGACCACCCUGCACAUUUUGGAAUGUAAUUGCAAUGAAUGGCAAAACCAUAGCACUUCUAAAAACACACAUCUAUGAACUUUUUAAAAUUUAUGCUUUUUAUAUGAACAUUUGAAUUGCAAAUACAUUUUUCUGAAAAAAAGAGUCCUCCUGUUCUUUGCUUUCUAAUUUAUCACAUCUUUUAUAAGUUGGUACUUGAAAUCAUUAUACGUAUUAUUUAACUCUACUUGGUUAAAAGAAUGAUAAAAGUUAUACUUAAGGUCAAAACUAUUUUUUCUUGCUUGUUUUAAAUAUAUUUUUAUCAAA